UAAUAUAAAUACCCCUCCCGUCACACAUUCUAUCACCAAUCCCUUCUUCACCUUCUGAUAUUAUUUUAACUCAUUACAUUUUCUUGAGAAAAUAUGAGCCGGCCAGGAGACUGGAACUGCAGGUCAUGCCAGCACCUCAACUUCCAGAGGCGUGACUCGUGCCAACGUUGCGGGGAUCCUAGGUCCGGUGAUAGAGGUGACUUUGGGGGGUUUGGUGGGAGAGGUGGGUCUUCCUUUGGGUUCAGCACAGGCUCGGAUGUCAGGCCAGGUGACUGGUACUGCACCGCCGGCAACUGUGGGGCGCACAACUUUGCUAGCCGGUCGAGCUGCUUCAAGUGUGGUGCAUUUAAGGAUGACUCAUCUGGGGGCUACGACUCCGACAUUCCCCGCUCAAGAGGUUUUGGUAUUGGUGGUGGUGCUGGUGCUGGUGGUGCUGGCGGUGCUGGCGGUAGAUCUGGUUGGAAAUCUGGAGAUUGGAUUUGCAGCAGGUCGGGAUGCAAUGAACACAACUUCGCUAGCAGAAUGGAAUGUUUCAGAUGCAAUGCCCCGAGGGACACAUACUAGACAUGUUCCCCAAUUUUGGGCAGGCAGAGAGCAACCAAGCUGCGCGCAAGAGAGACAACAUCAUAGAUCCCUACCAUUAGUUUUCGUUCAUUAUUUCUUUGGAUUGUUAUGGUUCUUAUGGUGAACAUAGACGUAUGUGUUCACAUCAUGCAGCGCUUAAUACCUCAGCAUUUGCUAAUUAAGCUUCCAUAAAUGUAUUACAAUCAUGUAGUUCGGGUGCUUUCAAGUUUGAACUAUCUACCAUAUCUUUUGUGUUUAAGACUUUAUUUAUUGUAAUGGUACCUGCUUUCUUUUAUAAUGGAAUUGAUUUUCAAUCUCUUUUUCAGCACCAGUAAUGACGUGCAUGCA